UAAUAAUUACAGAUGGGAGACAGUAGAUCGUCCAGUGAGGACCCGACCUCGGAGAAGGAAUGGGUUCUGUAUAGAGAUAGAACGGAUUGGAAGGAUGUUACCCCAAUACCACAGAAUGAUGGUCCGAGUCCUGUGGUUCAGAUCGCCUACAGUGAUCGGUUUAAGGAUGUCUACGAUUAUUUCCGGGCUGUCAUGAAGUCUGAGGAGAAGAGUUCGAGAGUUCUUGGUCUUACAGAGGAUGCAUUAGAUCUUAACCCUGCUAACUAUACUGUUUGGUAUUAUAGGAGAGAAGUUUUAAAGAGUUUAAAAUCCAACCUGAAGGAUGAACUGGCGUACUGCAGGGAGAUGAUUGAGGAACACCCAAAGAAUUAUCAGGUUUGGCAGCAUCGUAGAGUUCUCAUUGAAUGGCUCCAAGAUCCGGGAAAUGAACUUAGGUUUACGGAGGUGAUUCUUGCGGCAGAUCAAAAGAACUAUCACGCUUGGCAGCACAGACAAUGGGUGCUGCAGGCAUUCAGUCUUUGGAAGGAUGAACUGGAGUUCGUGGAGAGAUUGCUUGAUGAUGAUAUUAGGAACAAUUCUGCUUGGAAUGAACGGUUCUACGUGGUGAGUCAAAGUGAAGGUUGGAAGAACCCUGUAGUGGAGAGAGAGAUUAAGUUCGUCCUGGAGAAGAUUAACAUGGUUUCCAGGAAUGAGAGUGCGUGGAACUAUCUCAGGGGAGUACUGGAGCACUGUGAGGACGAUGAACUGAGAGGAGAGUUGAGAAGCAGGGUUCAGAAUACUUGUCAACAACUCCUAGAUAAGGGGGACGAAUCUCCUUAUCUUCUAGGCUUUAUGGUUGAACUGUUGAUCCAGGACCUGGAGAACAAGAACUUGAAAGUAUCGGAGCAGACGGAAACCUUAAAGAAGAUUGAAUCCAUGUGCACGAACCUGGCAACAAACUGUGAUAAAAUUAGAAAAAAAUACUGGGACUAUAUUCUAGCGACAGUUCAGAGUAAAUAUAAGAGUUCGUGAUAAGUGAUUGAUAUCCAUCCAUACACCUGGUUAUUCUAAAUAUAAUAUAAUGUUUGUAACAUUUUUUUUCUUUAAUUUGACCCGUGAUUUAUUUUCUUAAUUUACCGCUAACUGUCUCUACACUGAAUAUAUAGAAGACUGAGCUUGAUAUUAUAAAGAUAUGAACAGUAGGGUUAAUAUUUUUCUAACCCCCACCAAGCCCAAAUUUAAGAAGUAAUGGGUUUGGAAUUAAUAAUUGAAUAUUAUUUGUCAUGGUUUUUACAAAGACCUCGCAAAAUUGUGUUAACCCAAAACUAGUGUUUACAAUGAAUGAAAACAUUAACCAUAUUGUGCUUGCUGUUUGAAUACUCUCCAUUUUGUUACAAAAGAAUGCUGAAAUUUUCUACAAUGAUGAUUGCAGGAAUAAGUGUCAAGAAUUAACUAUUUGAAUAAAGUCCUAGCUUAUUUUUUUUCUAUUGUAUCCUUUUAGCUUGAUCAUUUCCAAG